UUGGCGGGGGCCGGAACGCGGUGCAGCGCAGCGUAGCCCAGCCCCGAGCGUGGAGCCGGUGUCUGUCGGCUCGCAGCCCCGGUGCCGCCAUGGUGGAGGCGGCGCCCGCGGGGCCCGGGCCGCUGCGGAGGACCUUCUUGGUGCCCGAGAUCAAAUCGCUGGACCAGUACGAUUUCUCGCGGGCCAAGGCGGCGGCGAGCCUGGCAUGGGUGCUGCGGGCGGCGUUUGGGGGUGCAGAGCACGUGCCCCCAGAGCUGUGGGAACCCUUCUACACGGAUCAGUACGCGCAGGAGCACGUGAAGCCCCCAGUGACACGGCUGCUGCUCUCGGCCGAGCUCUACUGCCGGGCCUGGCGCCAGGCGCUGCCGCAGCUGGAGACGCCCCCCAGCCCCUCGGCGCUGCUUGCCCUGCUGGCCCGCAGGGGCACGGUGCCUGCCCUACCGGAGCGCCCCGUCCGCGAGGCUGACCUGAGACACCAGCCCAUCCUCAUGGGAGCCCACCUAGCUGUCAUCGAUGCCCUCAUGGUUGCCUUCUCCUUCGAAUGGACAAAGACGCUUCCCAGUCCCUUGGCUCUGACCAGCUUGGAGCAUAAGCUCCUUUUCUGGGUGGACACGACCAUCCGGCGGCUGCAGGAAAAGACAGAGCAAGACGCUGCCCAGCGUGCGUCCCCCGCAGCCCCCACAGAUGGGGCAGCGCCAGCACAACCCUCGAUCCGAUACCGCAAGGACCGGGCUGUGGCACGACGGGCCCCCUGCUUUCCACAUGUGACGACCCUCCAGGACCUGGCUAGCGGAGCGGCGCUGGCCGCCACCAUCCACUGCUACUGUCCCCAGCUGCUGCGACUCGAAGAGGUGUGCCUCAAGGACCCCAUGUCUGUGGCGGACAGCCUGUACAAUCUCCAGCUGGUACAGGACUUCUGUGCCUCCCGCCUUCCUCGUGGCUGCCCACUGUCCCUGGAGGACCUGCUCUACGUCCCACCUCCCCUCAAGGUCAACUUGGUGGUGCUGCUAGCUGAGAUGUUUAUGUGCUUUGAGGUGCUGAAACCCGACUUUGUGCAAGCCAAGGACCUGCCUGAUGGUCAUGCCACCUCCCCCAAGGCCACCGAAGCCUCUCCAUCUCAGAACAACAGUGGGAGCAGCUCUCCAGUAUUCAACUUCCGCCAUCCACUCCUGUCCCCUGGCGGCCCCCAGUCCCCACUCCGAGGAUCCACAGGCUCCCUGAAGUCUUCCCCGUCCAUGUCGCACAUGGAAGCCCUGGGCAAGGCCUGGAACCGUCAGCUCAGCCGUCCCCUCUCCCAGGCUGUGUCGUUCAGCACCCCCUUUGGCCUGGACAGCGACGUGGAUGUGGUCAUGGGAGACCCCGUCCUGCUCCGUUCCGUCAGCUCCGACAGUCUGGGCCCGCCGCGUCCUGUGCCCGCUCGGACCCCUGCCCAGCAAACCCCGGAACCUGGCGACCUGCCCACUAUCGAGGAGGCCUUACAAAUUAUUCACAGUGCCGAGCCCCGCCUGCUCCCCGAUGGGGCUGCUGAUGGCAGCUUCUAUCUCCACUCACCUGAGGGGCCCUCCAAACCACAGCUGGCCUCAUCCUACCCGCCCGACAGGUCCUUGAAGACCCUGUCCGAUGGGCCCCCCAAAGCGCCCGUCUAUGUGUCCCACCCCGCGACCCCCUCCAAACCAUCUCCAAGCCCCGCAGGGGAGCUAACGAAACCACCUGCCCCCUGUGAGGGGUCCCCCAAGGCGGUGGCUUCGUCCCCAGCAGCCACCAACUCGGAAGUCAAGAUGACCAGUUUUGCCGAGCGCAAGAAGCAGCUGGUGAAAGCUGAGGCCGAGGCCGGAGUGGGGUCCCCCACGUCCACGCCGGCAGCCCCCGACGUCCUCAGCUCAGAGAUGAGUGAGCUAGGAGCCCGGCUGGAGGAGAAACGCCGAGCCAUCGAGGCCCAAAAGCGGCGCAUCGAGGCCAUCUUCGCCAAACACCGGCAGCGGUUGGGCAAGAGUGCCUUCCUGCAGGUGCAGCCACGAGAGGCCGGAGGGGAGGCCGAGGCCGAGGCGGAGGCUGAGGCCGAAGCCCAGUCUGGCUCAGCCCCUGGUGGGGAGCGGCCGGCGGGCGAGGGCCAGGGUGAACCGACCUCUCGGCCUAAGGCGGUGACCUUCUCUCCUGACCUGGGCCUGGUGCCCCCCGAGGGCCUGGGAGACUAUAAUCGCGCGGUCAGCAAGCUCAGUGCUGCCUUGAGCUCGCUGCAGCGGGACAUGCAGAGGCUCACGGACCAGCAGCAGCGGCUUCUAGCCCCACCAGAGGCUCCUGGACCUGCCCCGCCCCCUGCUGCGUGGGUCAUCCCUGGCCCCCCAACUGGGCCCAAAGCUGCCUCCCCCAGCCCCGCCAGGCGUGCCCCGGCUACCAGGCGCAGCCCGGGGCCUGGCCCCAGCCCGACACCCCGCAGCCCCAAACAUGCACGGCCGGCAGAGCUACGGCUGGCACCCCUGACCCGAGUACUCACUCCACCCCAUGAUGUAGACAGCCUCCCCCACCUGCGCAAGUUCUCACCGAGCCAGGUGCCUGUACAGACACGUUCCUCCAUCCUCCUGGCGGAGGGGACGCCUCCAGAGGAGCCUGCCCGACCUGGCCUCAUUGAGAUCCCCUUGGGAAGUCUGGGGGAGCCUCCUGCCGAUGAAGAGGGAGAUGGGAGCCCCCCAGGGGCUGAGGAUUCCUUGGAGGAAGAGGCAUCUUCAGAAGGCGAGCCCCGGGCUGGGCUUGGAUUCUUCUAUAAGGAUGAAGACAAGCCAGAGGACGAGAUGGCCCAAAAGCGGGCCAGUCUGCUGGAGCGGCAGCAGCGGCGGGUGGAGGAGGCCCGGCGGCGCAAACAGUGGCAGGAGGCCGAGAAGGAGCAGCGGAGGGAGGAGGCUGCCAGGUUGGCCCAGGAGGAGGCUCCAGGCCCAGCCCCUGCAGCCCCCACAGUAGCCCCAGCAACCACCCUGGCCCCUGCUGCCCGAGCCCCCGCUGAAGAUGAGGUGGGCCCCCGUCGAGGGGACUUCACAAGGCUCGAGUAUGAGCGCCGGGCCCAGCUAAAGCUGAUGGAUGAUUUAGACAAGGUGCUGCGGCCCCGGGCCACGGGGACCGGGGGGCCGGGUCGGGGCGGGCGGAGGGCCCCCCGGCCACGCUCUGGUUGCUGUGAUGACUCGGCCUUGGCACGAAGCCCAGCCCGCGGCCUGUUGGGCUCAAGGCUCAGCAAGAUCUACUCGCAGUCCACAUUGUCCCUGUCCACCGUGGCCAACGAGACCCCCAAUAACCUCGGUGUGAAGAGGCCGUCUCGGGCUCCAUCCCCAUCCGGCCUCAUGUCCCCCAGCCGCCUGCCUGGCAACCGGGACCGGGACUGGGAGAAUGGCAGCAAUGCCUCGUCCCCGGCAUCCGUGCCAGAGUACACAGGUCCCAAGCUGUACAAAGAGCCCAGUGCCAAGUCCAACAAAUUCAUCAUCCACAAUGCCCUGUCACAUUGCUGCCUGGCCGGCAAGGUGAAUGAGCCACAGAAGAACCGCAUUCUGGAGGAAAUCGAGAAGAGCAAAGCCAACCACUUCCUGAUCCUCUUCCGGGACUCCAGCUGCCAGUUCCGGGCACUGUACACGCUCUCGGGCGAGACGGAGGAGCUGUCAAGGUUGGCGGGUUACGGGCCCCGCACGGUCACACCCGCCAUGGUGGAAGGGAUCUAUAAGUACAACUCGGACCGCAAGCGCUUUACCCAGAUCCCCGCCAAGACCAUGUCCAUGAGUGUGGACGCCUUCACCAUCCAGGGACACCUCUGGCAGAGCAAAAAGCCCACCACACCCAAGAAGGGCGGGGGCACCCCCAAAUAGCCCUGCCCUGGGCCGUGCUCUGGCUGCCGCCCUCCUGAAGGACAGUCAGUCUACUCCUGGGUCCUGUCUGUCUCCAUCUAUGUCUGGGUGGGGCUGGAGUCCCCACCCCCUAACUUUUGAGUCUAGUCCUGCUGUGGGGGGCUGAGCUGGGAGGUUUCAGGACUCAGGGCUCAGCUCAGUCCCCUUGUCUGUCCUCCCCACCUUCUUGAAUAAAAUAAUUUAAA